GGCAUGCAGUAAUGUAAACAAUAAAUUAAAUUACCUUAUUGUAAGUACAUGAACAAUUGUUCAUUUAGCUUUGUUAAUCAGCACUUGUUGCAAUUCUGAUUCACUUCUCUACGUGACUGUACCAAGUUUCAUUCAUUCCAAAAUUUUCCUCAAAUCAUUAAUUCAAUAUGCCUGUAACGCUAUAAACUUAACAUAGGUAAAGUUACUCAUGUCUGGCGUAAACAAAUAUAAAUCUUAUAACUAUCUUACUCAUAUCGUUUUAGUUUCCUCAAGAUGUCAACUUGAAUAUAAAAGCCCGUCGGUGUUCUGUAAACCUCAUUCUAACUACAGCGGCGAAAAAUGUUUAACCUACUUAUCGUAGUAAGUCUUGUGGCUUUGGUCAAAAGUCACGAUUUGACUGUUGGCUCAGACGUAGCUGGAAGCAACAAAAUCUUUGAUGAGGACCGGUACGUAAAUCCAGCGAUAUGGAAACAAAUCCAGAAUGUAACAAUCAACGCUACCGUCAAUCAGGUCAUAAGUAAAGUAGUCAUAACAGACAUGAGACCAGAAAAGGAUGGAGAAGUGAAGAUUCUUGAAGGUGGAGAAGGACAGGACAACAUCACACUCGAGCUGAAAAGUCCUACUGCUUUAAGAGGGUUCGCUUUUCACAUUGAGGCGUAUUCUGCUCCUAAAGAUAAAGUGAAAGUUACAGCAACCACUCCAAAGGUUGAGGAACCUCUUCAUCCAGGUCAGACCAGGCAGAGACGAGACCACCAAGAUGACAAAACCGACGAAGUAAAUUUCAAAGCACCAGCAACAACAUUUAAAGGCACUACUUAUUCAGAUGCAUCUCUUACACAUCCCUUAGCUACAGCAGAUACUAAGAUAAAUGAUGAAAACAAAAAAUUAAACUCCAAUCCCGAACAUGUACGUCCUGCAAGAGAUGUCAAUUACGACAAAGCGACGGAAUCAGCAAAAGAUAAGCAGACUUUGACUCAUUCUCAUCCGAUUUCAACGUUGAGACAAGAUUCAACGGAAAAUCCCCAUCAAAUAUCUACUGCUAAAAGCCUUAUAGAAAUAUCCGGAAAUAAUGAUGGAAGACGCGCCGUAAGAGAUUCGGAAACGCAUGGAGUAAAAGAUGGCCAAACUUUAACUCAUCCUAUUUCAACUUUCAAACAAGCUUCAACGGAAAAUCCCCAUCAACUAUCUUCUGCUAAAAGCCUUAUAGAAGAAUCCAGAAAUAAUGAUGGAAAACGCGCCGUAAGAGAUUCGGAAACGCAUGGAGUAAAAGAAGGCCAAACUUUAAGUCAUCCAAUUUCAACUUUGAAACAAGCUUCGACGGAAUAUCCACAUCAAAUAUCUACUGCUAAAAGCCCCAUAGACCAAUCCAGAAAUGUUGAUGGAAAACGAGCAGUAAGAGAUACCGAAACGGAUGAAGAAGAAAGUGAUGAUUCCGUACAAACAAGGAGAGAUGGGAGCUACGACCACGAUUCUCAUGUACCAACAACGGUAUCAACGGAAAAUCAUGAAUUCAAAAGGCAAGUAAGCCAACAUACUGAAAAUAAUAGGAAUUCCACCAGGACUACCAAUAAUGGAGCGUACGUGCCACCUGCGGGUUUCGCCAAUUCUGAUCCAACAAACGUUAAGUCAAGAGUAGUUCGCGAUACCGAAGAAAAGAAAGUUAAUUCACCUCCUUUUGUUACAAGCAAUGAUGCUAAAUCUACCCUACCAUCCACCUCGAAUACUAAUAAUCAGAAUUCUGGGGGCAAAAUUAUUCCCGGACAAAGACCAUACAGGCAAACAAAUACAGCUACCCCUAGAAAUUUGACUCCACUCCCAUACGCAACAUCAUCAACUACAGAAAAGUCUCAAAACAAAAGAGAUACUGCACCAAAAACAUCUGACAAGAAUCAAGCAAAGGCACAAGUAAAUUUGAGAAAUACUCCACGACCGUUACGUCAAAGGCCUAAGGUGGCUGAAAAAGACCCCAAGCAGGUAAAUAAACAAGCACCAGUAAGCACUCAUUAAGACUAAAUUAUAGCACGCAUUGUAAGUGAUUUUUGAAGUUAUAUAAGUACCUAAUUAUUGUUUAGUUUGUUAUGUGAUGAUGGUAUCUGUAAGCCAUAAACCGUCUUGAUUUCUGCUAUUGAUUUUGUCAAUGUUUUUAGCUUAACAUUCGUGUAAUAUUUUAAUGUUUAUUUUUGUAAUUAUUAUAUAAAACAUUGCAUUGUUUACUUAGUUAAAAUAAGUAAUUACGAAAUAAAAAAUGUAUUACAAAAAAAUGUUUCGACUCUAAA